AUGGGAUUGAGUUUCUCGAAAUCCUCAACUAACACUACUGCAAAAGAAGGAGAAGAACAUGAGACCGGUUUCCAGCAUAUUGCCAACACCAUCCGUCGUUCAUUUCGUGUCAAACGGCAAACUGCGGAUAAUGCAAAUAGGUCCUCUCUACGUGCUUCAGCUUCCGUCGACGGAGUAACAACUACAUCGACUCGAGUGCGUCCGGGAAUACCAGAAAGCUUUCAUCAACAAAAUACUGCAUCAGUAAAACCAGCAGCACCUGCCAAAGAGACGCUAAAACAGCCUGCCAAAUCUCCUGCCACUCCACUUGAAACCAAAGCUGCGACACCAAAGGCACCAGAAGUGAUUCCAGCUAUGGCAAUGGUGACAGAAGCUUCACGGAAUGCUGCAUCCAUUUCGGAGUCACAGAAGAAAGUAGGAACAGAUGAAGAGAGGGACAAAGAGAUGGAUAAGGCAAUGGACAUGUUGAAAGGGGCCAUUCGUGCGGAAGAAGAACAAGGAGAGAAGAAAGCCGAUAUAGAGGGUAAAGAAAGACAAGAAGAAGAAAAAGAAAAACUUCAUCAUGUGGGAGACAUUCUUUCCCGUUUAGCACCCGCUACAACACCCACAUCACCAGAAGCGGCUUCAGCUAUAGCAAAGAUGACAGAGGCACCACGGAAUGCUGCAUUCAUUCCAGAGUCACCAGAGAAAGUGAAAAUGAAUGAAGAAAGCGACAAAGAUUCGGAAAGGGCAAUGGGAAUGUUAAAAGGAACUUAUCACGUGGAAGAAGAACAAGGGGAGAAGGACGAUAGAAGGGUUAAAGAGGGACAAGAAGAAGAUGAAGAAGAAGAAGGAGAAAAACUUCAUCAUGCGGGAAAUAUUCUUUCUCAGUUGGCACCAGCAGAUACGUCAGGUGAUAAAACUCCUGAGACAGACACACCGGCGAAGCCGACAGUGAGCUUACUUGCAGCACUGGAGAAGCGAAAGGCGAUGAAGGAACGGAAAGAAGAAGAUAAUGAGGAAAGCGAUGAGGCGGAAAAGGAUGCAAAUCUAACACAUGGAGUGACUAAUGUGUUGGAAAGCAUCGCUUACCAGUCAUCAGCUAUCAAAUCGAAGGAGGCUGCCAACUUGAUGGCGGCUUUUACUCUUCCACCGCAGUCGCCGUCUGAAGGAGAGGUGGACGAAGAAGAGGAUCGCCAAGGAGAAAAGAAGACUGAGAAGGAGGAGGAAGAGGCAAACGGCGAGUUGAAAAAGGAGGAAAGGGACAAGAAGGCUGUUGAGGUGAUGGAGUGA